AUGGUUAGAAAAGCUGCCCAAGAACCCAAGGAUGACACCCUCUAAAUGAAGGUCAGACAAUACGUCGUCUCUGCUGCUAGACUUCCCAUCGAAUAGGGUACCAAGCCUGAAAUUCUCUAAAUGAGAGUCUUCGCUAGAGAUGAAGUCCAUGCUAAGACCAAAUUCUGGUACAACAUGAGAAAGUUGAACAAGAUUAAAAGAUCUUAAGGUAGAAUCCUCUCCGUUAACGAAAUCUACGAAAAGUCCCUCAACACCGUCAAGACCUACGGUAUCGUUCUUAAGUACUAAUCUAGAACUGCUAUCCACAACAUGUACAAGGAAUACAGAGAUGUCUCUUUAAACGGUGCUGUUUCUCAACUUAUCUAAGAUAUGGCUGGUAACCACAGAGCUCAACCUGAUACCAUCCAAAUUAUCAGAACUGCCACCCUUGAACCCAAGGACAUUAAGAGACCUGCUACCCUCGCCAUGAGAAACGCUGCUCUUAAGUUCCCCAUCGUCAAGACCAUCCACAGACCCUCCGAAAAGAAAUACAGAACUGUUUACAAGGCCACCAGACCUACCACUUUCUAGUGA